UUCCUAUAGACUUAGUGCAUACACAUAAAUAUGAUUUUGUAGCUAUAUAUGUUGAUAUUGUUAUUGUUGUUACGUAAAUUAAUGUUGUAAAAAUGUGCAAUGUACACCACCACUAGUAUUAGCUCCAACACUAUCAAAUUAAUAUCUACAAUUACAUAUCUACAUAAAUAUGUAGAGAAUAUUACCGAACUCAGCUACUAACAAUGAAAAUUUCUUACCUCCUUCAUCCCAAAAACAAAACAAAACAAAACAAACCACAACAACCAACCAAUCAUCAACAGAUAUUGCUCAGCCAUCAACAACAGCAACAAUUGGAGCAACAGCAGCAACAGCAGCUGGAACUGCAGCAACUCAGCUAUGCCAGCCAAUUGCAAACACUACCCAAUUGCAAUUCCACAGCAUCCACCAGCUCAUCGCCCACCUGCCACUCACCCAAUGGCGGAAGUGGUGCAGCAACAGUUGCCGUCGCUGCAGCCGCCACCGCCGGUCAAAUAGCGCUGCUAAAUGGCAGCAGCAAUCACAGUGAAACAGAUAUCGCAAAUGAAGCCACCGCUGCGUACCAUCAUCAUCAUCAGCUGACCAUCAUAGCACCAAUAGUAAUUACACCAGCGUCGAUGGUGAAUGGUGAGGAAGCGCUGCCUUUGAGCACUGCGUUGCAGCCCAUACACGCCAGCGAAGUGAGGACCACAUCAAUAGCAUCGGCGCUCAAUGGUAUUGAUGUGAACAGCGGCGCACUGCGCCACAAUCUGACGCAUCACUCCGCCACACAGCCUCAUUCCGCACAUCUGUUGUCACACACGGCGCUGACCUAUGCGCCAAAUGCGGCCACAGCGACGUACUUGAUUAGCGGCAGUGGCGGCCCGGCGGUGAUUGGAGGUAGCAGCAGUGUCGGUAAUGGCAGUAUUGGUAGCAACAUCAACGAUCACAUAACGGCGAAUGGGAAUCCAUUGUGUUCCUUUUCGGAGGUGACCAACACGCUACUGAAUCAAUAGGCGAAUAAUCGGCGGGGGAUGGUGGGUGAAAACGAAGGAAUUGUGCAGAGGUAAUUGUGCCGUUAUCUAUGUGCGUUAUUUAAAGCGAGGUAUACGAAGCAAGAAAUGUGUAAAUAUUGAAGAUACAGUGCUGUGCAAAAAUAAGCAGUUAAAAUAAAUUCGGAAAUUUGUAUGAAAUUUUAUCUUUUCAAGUUGAUAUGCAAGGGUUUCCCAACAUAUAAAUGCAAGACUUUAGUAGUACAAAUUUCAUUCAACUCCUCAUAAAUAGCAUCUGAAAUUUGAAUUGAGUUUCGCUAAUAAUAAAUAGCAGUUUCCAGAUCAUGAAAUGAGGCUAUAAAAAAAAUAAAAA